UUAUACUAUCUAUAAUAUUUUCUAUAUUUAUUUGCUAUAUAGGAUGUAAUGUAUUUACAGAAGCACUUAGUAUGGUUGUUUGGCAUUGUUGUUUGUAAAAAAAAAUAUAUUGAAGAAUCGAUUGGAUCAUAAAUAUGCAAGUUACAAAAUCUGAUAUUGACCAGCUGGUCCUUGGUUAUGUAGCAGAAGAACGAUAUAUCGGGACAAGAGACAGAUUGUUUCAAGAUAGUCCGAACCUACCUGAAAAAGUCCCGAUCCUGCCAUUGUUUGGAGAUAUACCGUCUGAACAUCGCUUGCAUACAAUAUUACAGGAAUAUGUUGAACUUAAAACAAAACACAUGACCUCAUCAUGCCCACUAUGCAACAAUUGCAACUCAGUGUCGGAACUGUUCAGGGUUCUUCAUCUGAUUGUGGAUAAAAUAGAAAACUUCAAUUUGUCUGUAUCACCACCACAACUACAAGAAAUAUCUACUCCUACACCAGAAGUUCAUCGUUUGAGUCCAUCAUCAAUAUCACAAGAAAGAAGAGAAAAAUCAUCUAAAAAAUCUCCAAAUGCUAUUAAAAGGACAGUACCUGGAUUAGACAAAGAGAUGGGUUUACCAUUCCACAGGAAGCAAUUCAAUCCAGAGACACAAAUUUAUGAGACGGUUCAAGAUCAUACAAGCUCAAAUCUCGGAAAGAGUAGUUUUGGGAGUUCUAGGAGGAAAAAACCGACCAUGCCAAAACGAUUGCUUCCAACUCAACAACCUCAACAGUUAAAUUCUUAUGAUGACGAACUUUCAAAGCUCUUACAAACAACUGAUACAACCAACGCUCUAGCUUUAGUCGGAGUCAAAAUAUUAUCCAAUAUAAAGAAGUGCGGUGUUGUGAAAGGGUCUUCUACUGAAAAUGCCCCAAAUGAAGUUACCAGCACUGUCUCACCAGUCAAAAACCCAUUGUUACCUUCCCUGGAUAUUGAUGAUCUUAUAUCUGAUGAAACAAGAGGGGGACUAGUUGAAAUGACGAUCGACUCUUUGCUCAACCAUAAUCCAGACGAUUGUGCGCAAGAAGAAACAUCUUUAAAAAAUUUUGAUGAAGAUUUAUCUGAAUUAAGAAAAUUGCUGGAGUUUGAAGACAGCAAUAUGUCAAACCUCAAUCUACCAGAUGUAAUUCAAGCAAAACAAGAUGAAAGAUACCUGAUGAAUAUUAUCAAAGAUGAUGACGAUGAUUUACCUUCAAAUCCAACAAUAGAGUUACAAAGUGAACUUCCCAUCGACAAUUCUCUGAAAGUUUCUGGUCAGUCGCCAGAUGAAAAACAAGCAAUAGGGGGACUUUUAGCCAUCCAGUGUUGCCAUGAAAAUGGUAGAGAUAAGGAUUCUGCUGUAGAACAUACUCUGAAUGGAAAUGACGUUAAUUAUAUUAAAGAAACAGAAGAUUUAUUUGAACUUCCAUCUGUGAUUGAGCAUGAUGCACAAAGCCCCAUCUUGCCUACGAUAAUUAACGUGAUAUCACAUAGCGAAAACCCUCCUAAUGAAUCUGUAUUGAACCUUCCAAAUGGAACAAAAACUUCAGAAACGACUACUAAAACACUUAGCAAUGAGCCGUCUGGUACUUUACAACAAACAGACAUUGCAACGGAUGUCACAGUAAAUAUAAACCAACCUCAAACUCAAGACGAUAAUUUCAACAAACCCUGUUCUACUAUGCCACCUAAAAAACGUUUUCUUGCGCAAGGUUCAAUCACUCCCGAGAAAUGUACACCCAUUAAUAAAGCUGAAAGUGUUACGAUGCCAAAUCCACUUAAUUCUUUAAAUCAAAAUGGAAAUUGUUUGAAUUUCACUAUAUCUAAUUCUGGUCAAAAAACUUUGAUUAAACUUCGCAGUCCAGAUAUGGUAUCAGCUGCUGUUGCCUUAGCAGAUCUAGAGUCUACUGUAAAUACCCCAAAUCCCGAUAGCACUGCACUAAAUCAUGAUGAAAAGCAAAAGAAUGAAUCAUGCUUAAGUCCAAGCCAAUUAAGGCGUAGCAAACGGCAAAAAAAAUCGAAUUUUUGUCUCAAGGAUGUUGUUGGAAAACGUAGACCCAGUUCUCGGGGUCGUAAGAGUGAUGAAGGGGAUGUAAAAGAAAAUGCCAAAAAGAAUCUAAUGAAAAAAGGAUGUCAGAAAAAGUCUAAUUUAUCAACGUCUAAUAUUGACCGAAAUUUAGAAGAAACUCCAAAUAAAUUAUGUGUUAUGAACCCUGGGAAAGGAGCAGUAACUCUCAAAUUAAAUGAUAGAGGCAGAAUGCCUUUACUUGUGAAAGGCAUACUUGCGCAACCCAAAGGAGGCAAAAUUACACAAGAUAUAAUAGGCCGCUUGGUUGAGCAAUUGCAAGAUAAAGGUGGUGGAAAUGAGUCACCAUCAAAGGUUCAACAAGCUCAUUUGCCUGUAGUUGAUAAGAACAAUAUUAUAGUAGACAGCAACAAAGAGGUUGCAAAUAUAAUUACUGAUCCUACGCAUCAAACGCAGAUUUCAUCCUUACCUCAGCUGCCGCAAAGUUCAUCAAUACUGUCAGACAUCUUGGCACCUCUUUCAUCGUGUUCAUCGUUGGUAUCUCAAAUCCCAGAGCCAGAUUGCCUCAAUUCCCUACAGAUAUCUGAACAUGUAACACAAAUGUCAAACACUAUUUCAUCAAUGCCUCAAAAUUUGUUAUGUAUGUCACACACGCUACCAAUGCCUUCGAAUUUGGUUAUUGAUACUGCUGUUAAUAUGUUGAACACUGGCGAUGAAGUUUCUAGUGUUAAUGACUUUUCAACAAUUUCACCGUCAGCGGGAAUAUUCUCCGUCAUUGGUGCCAAGCAAAAUAGUUCAAACGGACAUUCAAAUGUAAAAAUUGAUGAUAAAUUAAUAGCUGCCAAAUCAAAUUUAACAAAGUUGUUUGCUAACUCGGAACCUGUCGUCCAAUGUGUGGAUUCUGAUGUUGCAAACUCGCAAAAAACCUUAACAGCGAGUGAAAAAACAUUUGCAGAUUUAUCCACAGUGAGUCAUAGUUGUGCUAGUAUGGUUGUAUCGAAUUCUCUAGCACAAACUGGCACACCACCUAUAGAAGUGUUUGUGCCAUUGGUUCCUGGAAGUCGAUCAUUAUCUCAGCUGGAGUCUGAAGUUCGUGCCAGAAAAAAAGCGAAAGCACAAGCGAAAGAAAAAGUGUCAACAAAAGUUUAUGGUUCGAAGAAACCAAAUAGCAUCUACAUGUGCAAUAACAAAAAAGAGAUGGUCAGAAUCGAACCAAAGCGGUCUUCAAAGGUUGCUGCUGUUAGAAGAUCUAUUGUCCCUGUGGGUCGGACUGAUCAAUCAACUCCUGUUCGAUCUGUCACAACAUCGAUUGAAAAAACGCAUUCUAAAACAUCAUUUAGUGAAGAUGUCACAAAGGUCAGGGAGGUGAGGUCUGCUGAAAAUUUGAAUAAAGAUCAAUCAAGAAAGCUUCAAGUGAAAAAUAAAUUUGAUAUUGAAGAGUUGUUACAAGAAGCAAGUACAAAUGUGCAAACAGAACAAAAUCUGGAAAAAAUUCCCAUUACUUCGUCUGCUAAUACUUCUGAUGAAAUGUCUAAAGAAGUUUAUUCAGAAUCAUCUUGUUCCUUGCACAUAGUGGAGAAUAUGGAAAACUGUGAUCCUCUCGAAAAAUUAAUGCAGAGCGCUGAGUUGGAAUAUAGAGCUAGUGAAUCUCUGCAACCUGAAUUGAAGCUUGUUAAUUUGAACCUGUCUUCUGAUGAGGUAGUUUCCAAUAUAUCUGUGAUAUCUGAUAUCGCACCAAAGAUCUCAAUAACACCAAGUUCUAAACAUGAUGGCUUGGAAAUAAAAGAAAAAUAUAAAUCAAAUCAUAUUUCAACUUUGUUCUACAGUCCAAAAAAGAAAAGAUUAAAACGGAAAAAGAAAAGUAUGUCUAGUGACAAAUGUAAAAAGCCAAAGAUAAAAAGUAGCCCUCUUAUGAAGUUGUCAUAUGACGAAAUUCAAGCUAAACUUGAUGCUGUGCAUGGCAAAAAAGAAGAAAAAGGAAUUAAUGCAAAUGUACAAUCAGUAGAAACGAGUGAAAUUCAAAUCAGAAGCGACGCAAUUCCUGGAGAAAGGGAGACGAACAAGACUGAUUCAUUAUUUAAUUUUGAGGCAGGAAUGAAAAAGAACCAUAAAAUCCAUCAACAUCGAAAUAGUUCGCCCAAUAAAAGAUCAAACAACAAAUUUGAUGAACUUCAAAAUCAACAUGAGAAGAUUUUACACAAGCAUGAUGAGUCAAGAACCUUAUUACUUGAGAUGGAGCCACUGGAUUUUUCGCUUUCAAGUUGGGCAAACUCUGAUACAAUGCAAAAAUUUCUCACUGAUUCUCCAUUCAAGAUGCCAGACAAUUUCAAGAGGAAUCGGCCAGAUGACAAGACUAAAGAUACAUCUUUUUCAACAAGUGCGUGUUCAAACACCACAAUUGUGACAGAUCAUACAGUAUUGACAGCAAAUACGAUUGAUCCUACUUCUCGUGAUGAUGAACGAACGAAUACUCCAUCAAAGUCAUUUCGUCAAAACAGCGCAUCAGGACGAGACGUACAAAGUGAAAGCGAUAAGGAAUUACAGCCAUUCUCCAAAGACAUAGCCAAUGGGGGCAACACAAACACACCAGUAACAGGUUGUGCACAAAAGACAGUAAGAAACAGCAUCACUUGUGAGAAAGAAUUAACAAACACCUCAACUUUGAGUAACUCCUCGGGACAUAAAAUAAAAAAUGAAAGUAUAUGUGUAAACGGAAAUAAAAUCAUAUCUGGGUGCAAUGAUUUAAAAUCUAAUACAUUAGUUCCAUCGAAUAAUAAUGAGGUGGGUAUAAGUAAAAAGAGGCGCUCAGAUGAGAAACAUGGAAAACAAAGAAGAAAAAGCCGUACUUUUAAAAAUUUGACUUAUGAAGAAAUUCAAGCCAAGUUGGAUGCUUUGUAUGGUACUAAAAAUGAUGAAAACAAAACUCCAGAAUGUCAUAAAACAGUGAACUGUUUGACAAAUAACGAAGUUAAAACAAAACUGAACAAAAUCGAUUUCAAAAAGAAUUUGAAAAAGAAAAAGAUUUUGGCCGAUACUGAAGUAGAAUCUAUAAAAAAUAAAAACCGAAUUCAAAAUCCAAGUCAUGAAUCCAAAAAUAAUGAUGGUGUUGCCAAUAUUAAGAAUACUUCAGAAAUUAUCACACAGGCUGCAUUGAAAUGUGCUAUUGUCGAAACAACUGAUGGUGUUGUUAAUGAUAUCCAUCGUCCCAAAAACCAAACGAAAAGCCUUGCUUUAUCUAACUCUAUGAAUAACAAACCAAAUUCUAGGGAUCCAAAAGCAAUUGAUAUGGAUGCUUUGAACUUGAAGACUACUGAGUUAAAAGGAGUAGAAAAAGCUUGUGAUAAUCAGCAUUCACAGAAACCGAGUAAUGCAGGAACAAUAUUGAAAUACUCUCCAACAACUUUGGUUUAUGAGAUGGAACCAAUGGAUCUUUCAUGCUCUAGCUGGGCCAAUCUCAAGUCACCAGAAAAAAUGGUAAAUGAGCAUCUUGUCAAAAUUGAGAACAAACAAACUAGGGUCGUUUCAGAUUCGGGUGAAAUUCCAGAACUGCAUACGCAAAAAGUAAAUCAUACUCGUCAUACAUUACUUUCAAGGGAAAAUAAUGAAAAUACAUCGAGUAUGCAAAAAUUUAACAGGAAAAAGAAAAAACAAAAACUUGGCAAAGAGUCUCAAAAAAUAUCUAAACGUUCGAAAAAGCCAAGAAAAAUGAACUUGAAAGACAUCAAUAUAUCAGAUUUCUUAAGAUUCAUUAGAUUAUGGCGAAUGAUCAAUGUGCAAUCAUCAAGAAUAUUAUUUUUCGCAAGCUUGUUAGAGUAUUUUAUUUUCGUCAACGAGUUGGAAAAGUUGCAAAAGAAUGACACCUGAUUUUUUUUUUAUUCACAGUCAUUCAUUGUGUCUUCGUCUGAAUGUACAAAUAAACCCAAAACUUCAUUGGCAUAUGUAAAUCAAUGCAUCAUGUACAAUCAUCGCACAUAUUGUUGAUAAAUUACAAACAGGUGCUAACAUAUG